GUGCUUUUCCCAUCGACAUGCUGACUCCUGUGAAGACACUUGCACGCCGAGUCUCUAUCUACCUUCGUCGACCCAGCUCACCCUUCCCAUCUGAUGUUGCUCGAACUUCUGAUGAUGAGCGAGCUUCCGUAAGCCAGGCCUCGUUUGUUUAUACCUCCGAAGACGGGCAAGGUGGACGUUACUCUGAGAUAGAGGAUUCGCAACUUUUCUCUUCAAUCGAAAUUGCAACCCUUCAGACAUCAACAUAUGGUUCUUUCAUUAUGGACCCAUCCAUUGUUACUAGGCAAACCCAAUUUCCAAUCGCCUCGGGUGGACUUGGAGAUGUCUACAAAUGCACAUUGAAUAGGGGCGCGAGUCCAGAAGAAGCUGCAGUCAAAUCUCCACGGUAUCCAAGUCUAACUGACGCCGAAGUGGCCAGGAUAAACCACAAUCUUGAUCGCGAAAUCAAGGUCUGGGCUGGAUUAGACCAUCAAUAUGUAUUACGCCUGCAUGGGACUGUAACAGGCUUCGGCCAGUUUCGCGCGUUGGUUUCUCCCUGGAUGCCGAACGGGACAUUGAACUUCUACCUUAAUCGUCCAUAUGAAUCCCUCACGACGAUAGAUAGGCUUCGCAUUCUUAAACAGAUUGCUGAGGGGCUCAAAUAUCUCCACGACAACAACGUGAUUCACGGCGAUCUGACCAGUAACAAUGUCCUGGUUGCUGCUGAUGGAUCCCCGCGCCUCGCAGAUUUCGGUGUCUCAAAUAUCAUGGUAGAGUCCAACCCGGCAUUCUCCUACCAAACUGGCGCGGUUCGCUGGGCAGCUCCAGAGCUCAUCGUCCUCCCGGAAGGUCAAACCGUGCAAUUUGCUACCAAAUCCAGUGAUAUAUAUGCUCUUGGGUGUAUCAUGCUUCAGGUGCUAUACGGCAAAUUGCCCUACUGGUGGAUCAAGACUGCCCUGCAAGUUAUAGCAUUAAAGUUCAAUUACCAGGAGCCCAUUGAUAACACCGUGCAAAUCCAAGCACAUCACCUUCAUUUCAUGCGGCGGUGCUGGUCAACCAAGACUGAAAGUCGUCCAUCAGUGGAGGACGUGCUGGACUUUCUCGAGGAAGCUAUCUCCCAUGGAGCUUCAUCCUCGUAA